AUGAUGCGCAACACUCUCGUUCUUGCUGCACUCGCAGUCACUGCCAUUGCUGGACCUUGCAAGCCUACUAGCUCUUCCACCGAGCUUCUGUUGACCACGAUCGGGUCGAUCGAGUCGUCCUCUAUCGAGACUUCCGUCGCCGAAGCAACAUCCUCUGCAGCCGUCACUGAGAGCACAGACGUAGUCACUUCCACCGUCAGCUCGGAUGCGACCACGACCUCAGGCUCCGAGUCAACAACAACAGCUCCUCCAGAUGAUAGCUGUGCAGAAAGCCUUUACGAUAUGAAUGGCGAGCCUGAGUUCACAGAUCGGAUUGCGGACUGCCAGGACUUGAAUGUCGUCACAGUCAGCUCCUACCAAGUGACUAUGACAGUGAAGAAGCGCGGCAACGUUAUAAUCAUCCCUACGAAUCCGAUUGUCCGUCGUGCCGAGGGCGAGGAGGCAACGACCAUCUUUCCGACUGGUGUUCCAGCUUACGCUACAUACUGCGAUAGCCCUUCAGCGUACUACGAGGCUUGCUCUCAGUUUGGCGUUACUGCGUUCACAACUACAAUUCCGGAGCCCACGACGACUGAAACUAUUACUGAGUAA